CUCUGCCUCAGCCCACUACUGACACAGCUUUUUAUUGCUCUAUAGGACUGUGGGGACAGGAAGCUGUGCUGAGCAAGCCCGAGGACUGGUGCUUGGAAAUGAGGGAGCCCUGGGGAGAUGCACACCAGGUAGACCUUCUGACCCGUCGAUGAGGCGGGCCCCCUGCCUGGGCCUGGGCCCCUGGCUGGGCAUGCGCCUGUCGGUGCGCAAGGUGUUGCUGGCUGCUGGCUGCACACUGGCCCUGUUGCUGGCUCUGCAGCUUGGACAGCAAGUGUUGGAGUGCCGGGCGGUGCUUGGGGGCAAGCGAAGCGCACGGAGGAUGCGGCCAGAGCAGGAGGAACUGGUGAUGCUUGGUGCCGACCAGGUGGAGUAUCGCUACGGCAAGGCCAUGCCGCUCAUCUUUGUGGGUGGCGUACCUCGCAGUGGCACCACCCUCAUGCGUGCCAUGCUGGAUGCGCACCCUGAAGUACGCUGUGGGGAGGAGACACGCAUCAUCCCUCGUGUGCUGGCCAUGCGGCAGGCCUGGUCAAAGUCUGGCCGGGAGAAGCUGCGACUGGACGAGGCAGGUGUGACGGAUGAGGUGCUGGACGCUGCCAUGCAAGCCUUCAUCCUGGAGGUGAUUGCCAAGCAUGGCGAGCCAGCACGUGUGCUGUGUAACAAGGACCCCUUCACACUCAAGUCCUCCGUCUACCUGGCACGCCUGUUCCCCAACUCCAAAUUCCUGCUAAUGGUGCGCGACGGCAGGGCCUCCGUGCACUCCAUGAUCACUCGAAAGGUCACCAUUGCAGGCUUUGACCUCAGUAGCUACCGAGACUGUCUUACUAAGUGGAACAAGGCCAUCGAGGUGAUGUAUGCACAGUGCAUGGAGGUGGGCAGGGACAAAUGCCUGCCUGUGUACUAUGAACAGUUGGUGCUGCACCCCCGACGCUCACUCAAACGCAUCCUGGACUUCCUGGGCAUCGCCUGGAGUGACACAGUCCUGCACCACGAGGACCUCAUUGGCAAGCCUGGGGGCGUCUCCUUGUCCAAGAUCGAGCGGUCCACAGACCAGGUCAUCAAACCCGUGAACUUGGAAGCACUCUCCAAGUGGACUGGCCACAUCCCUGGGGACGUGGUGAGGGACAUGGCACAGAUUGCCCCCAUGCUGGCUCGGCUUGGCUAUGACCCCUAUGCAAACCCACCCAACUAUGGGAACCCUGACCCGAUUGUCAUCAACAACACACACCGGGUUUUGAAAGGAGACUAUAAAACGCCAGCCAAUCUGAAAGGAUAUUUUCAGGUGAACCAGAACAGUACCUCCCCACACCUGGGAAGUUCCUGAUUUUCGGUCUCUGCAGGACUCAGAUGUCUGAGUUGAUGUCAUGUGUACACAGAAGUCGGACUAACCCAAGCACAUUGAUUGCUUCUUCUCAGUUCUGCCAUUGGUCUGCAGAGGUGGAGCCUUUGUCUCUGUGGAAACGGACUCAAAACCUCUGUCUUGGGAUGCUUCAGAGUGGACAUGGAGGAGGAGACGACUACAGCUUCAGAAACUUAGGAAUUUUCUAUUUUUUUCUCCUUGAGAACUUUUUUUUAAAAGAAUUGAAUUUGCUAUCUUCACUGAUGGACAAGCCCUUUUGGUGGCCUCAUUUCCGGGACAAGACCCGUGACCAGUUCCUCUCCUUGACCCGGACUCUGAACUCAAAGGAUUUAUUUAAGAGUUUAAUAUAUGGGCUGUCCUUCAUCCUGUAGUCCUACUCAGUUUCACAGAGAAAAGAAAUCAAUUAUUUGAAUAAAGUAAACAGGCUGCUGUCUGUGCCUUACUUCACA